AUGACCGCCAAUCGAGUCAAGGUACGCCUUGUCCCCGGAUGCUCCGACGGCGAUCCUCUCCAUGUCCCUCCUCCGGGAGCUCAUACCCAGCUUGAUCCACCGACUCUUUACCUCGAGAAGAUCGGCCAGCAAUGGAUGGAGAGUCGAGGUGAAGCUAAGCCGGGUGUGCAAUACAUCCUGGAAGACCUGCCCUUUGGCUACACCCUUUGGCAUCGUCCACGACCAUCCAAACCAAGCCAUUUCGACAAGUACCUGUAUGGCCAUCCUGGAAAGAAAGCAUUCGACUCGCCGAACAGAUUCUUUCCACAUUUUCUGCAUCUGAUGAACAACAACGGCAACAGCAUUGGGUGUCCAUGUACGCUCUGCAGCGGAAGCGCUGGCGUGCUUCCGAAGACCUCAGCCAACAGCUCGCAAGUACGCAGCUCCAGCGCGGCGUCUUCACGGAAGUCAUCCAAUUCAUCUAUUCCCAUGCAAAGCCGGCCUUCCAGUGCUCACAGCGCCAAACAACUGCCGGUCGCACUGCCGCCUAGUCUGGCACCACAGCAUAAAGGUCGGCCAAAGAAGAUAACUCCGGGUCUCGACACGACGAACGUGGACAGUGAGGGCACUCCCGACGUCUACAGGAAUCUCAUCGAUAAGCUUCGCCGGCAUCGCGAUGUAGACGAACCCAUCCUCGAGCCACUGAGCCCAGACUGGCGCGCGGAACAAGACCAUCUUCGAAAGUUCCUCAACGAUAUAAAGACACAAGACCAAUGGGUUCCGCGAACUGGAGACAUUGUCCUGUACAUACGCAACAUGCCUGAUACAGUGGAAUUGGUUCGAGACAACAGCACCGGCGAGCUUCAGCUGUACGAUGAGCGACGCAAGCAGCAUCUCGGUGCUCCACAAUGGGCGGCAGGUCUCGUUACUGAACCGGCUACAGGUACCACGGUCGCCGAACUCGUCGCCUCUACUCAGGAGCGCAAUGUAUCCAGCAUUGGUGUACGCGUCGAACCAAUUCCAAAUCCAAAUGAGUCGGACAAGUCGCUAUCUAAGAGACACAAGUACGUCUUGUUGCGACAGACAAGCCCGUUCAUGAUGUGGAGGGACCUCUUACGCCGUAUCCCCCAGGAAGAAUGGCAUGACACCGUUAAAAACGCCCUCGCGCUGAUGUCGACGCUAUCUCUUAUGGGCAAGUAUCGCUUUCGAGGGUCGUGGCCGAACGCGAGUAUAUACUGUCAUGGUAUCUACGUUGGCGCUGAGAUGCUUGCCGUGGGCGACACAGUACGACUCCUUCCCAACAAGCAAUCUGGGCAGUCUGGCUGCACGGAUGUCAUGAGCAUCAAGUCCAUCCGACUGAAAUGGACCAACCUAGACAAGGCGUCGGACAACGACUAUGACGAGGGGCGGCCGUACAAUUCCGAGAUAUGGAUCUACGGGUCAGCGUACACCAGCGACAGCUCGCGGUCUAACAAGCUGUGGGUGACGGAGCAUAAUGUCGAAGCCCCGCGAGUGGCCAACGACUAUGCAGACUGGUUUCCACUACACCCGGCCGACAAAGAGCUCGCCAUCCCCUACUCGCGCGUCCUCGGCCGCCUGCACGAGCGGGACGCUAUGGCAUACUUCCUUAAAUCCGAUCAUGAAGACCUUCCUGGACUCGAUGUCGGACGACACGCAGUGACCGAGGCACGUGCAUUUGCCCGCAAACACGACAAUCGCAUAGCAGCGGAGUCUGAUGCCACCUGGUACUGGGGAGACGACCGGGCCGACGCUCUAAAUCUCCACACCAUCAACGGUCUCGAUGUGUCUAGAUACGACCUCGACCGCGAUGUCAAAGAUCUCCGCCGCAAGUACCGCCAACUCGAUGGUAUCGCCAAAGGAGAUGCGAAGCCUACAGGUCAAGACAUACUCGACGGCAGGGGAUUGCGUACCUUCAUGGCGCCGGCUUUACCACUCCGCACCAGCGGCGCGAAGGCACCAAGCGAAAGCGGAAGCUCGAUGGCAAGCGAAAGCCAUGCGUCCCGAAAGCGCACGCAUAUUGUUGACUUGGACGAUGAGGACGACACCGAGGAGGACGACAUCGACGAAGAGAUUAGGGAGCACACCAAAGUCGUGGCGGAAGACGGCGAACGUCCGAAGAAGAAGCCGAAAGUCAUGGUAGUCAUUGACUGA